CCCCCAUCGUCUCCCCCCCUCCGUUGCGCGCGCCCAUCCCAACCUUGUUCGCCAAUGCCUGUCCUCCCGUCUUCCCUCCCACCGUGCUUCACUCCUCUCUCCUCAAACCGGCCCUUGGUCAGAUCUCGGCGCCCGGCACGUGGUCCAAAGGCCAAUGACUGCAAGAUGACGCCAAAAAGUCUCCCUGCCCUCCCCGGACACUGAACGCCUGAGGCUGAGGGUAGCGAGCAUGGUCUUGUCACGUCCCAUCCCGUUGGAUCUGGCUGAGGGGGGAGCUGUAGCAGCUUGUCGUUCGGAUGAUGACCCUACCGUGCCUUGGUGUGUGGCGGGGAGCAAGAGACAAUACAGCCGCAAAGUGACUCUCCCGUGGUAAUCAUUCCUCGAGUCGUUCACCUGCCCGGUGGUGCUGUCGAUGGAGCAGAUUACCGGACUUGCUAACUCUUUUGCUCGGCACAUCACGCUUCUGCCAGAAAGUCAUAAUACCUCUGCGGGCACUCAUGUGUCAGCCUCUCUCCCUGUCUUGGUCUGUUCCAUUCGUUUGAGUCCAGCUGCUACACUGCGCACCGCUUCCUUCUACAGUCUCUCCUCAUCAUCGUCCAAUGCUGCGUUCUGACUAAGUUUGCGUCCACACACACUCACUCACUCACACUCACACACCCAUCCUCACGCCCUCGCCAUACAAUACCACCAACACCCGCCCCCUUUCCUUGCCCGAACGAGUCGUGUUCCACCUUCCUUGGGUUAUAUCAUCAACGAUUACUCAAGGGCCGCCAAAACUCUUCUACCGGGUCCAGAGCAUUGUGUGCUGCAGCUUGCUGUCUAUGGACGAUUACUCCGGAGAAGCCUCGAGGAGCGACCGGAGCACAAGUACAAAUACGUCCAGGAGACCUCAACCUCGUCAGCGAGGAGAGUCUUCCACUUCAGCACGCAUUGCUUUGCCAUCUCAUCCUGCUGGACGAAGCUCCCAGAGUCCCUCGCACCCGGGUGACCCUUUCUCAGACCAGUCACCAUCCCGCCGAACACCAUAUCAAUCCCCCUCGUCUCCUUUCGAAGACGCCAUGUCUCGCUCCGCAGGCCCAGGACCGACCACGGUCUCGACCAGCCGACCCCAGCAGUAUCAGCUUGUUUCUCCUGGCACACCAGCUGAUCCUCGAUCCAUGAGCCAAAACAACAAGGAUCAACUGAUCCAGUCUCUUCGAACGCAUCGGGUCAACACCAUCACCGAGCUACGCCGCAUCGAAAAGAUUUUUGCCUUUCUGGAUUCCGCCGAAGUGACCGAGCCCAUGACCACGGCAUGGGCUCAUUAUGUGAACUCGAACAACCUGCUGAACGAGCUUCGCGGAUUGACCAGGACCUAUCCUUUCAGCUCCGAGUGUCUGGAUGAAGCCAAAGCGAUGGUGGUGCGUGAUCCGAGCAGCACGCGGAGCUGGAACUACUGCUGGUUAGUUCUGGUGAAGAUGGAAAAGGAAAACCUCAUUGCGAAACACGCCCGUGCUCUAGCCUCCAAGGCAAGCACCUGGGGUGGCCGCAGGCCUACGAAAGAAGAGUUCGAUCGCUUGGUCAAUGCCUGUGUGGCGGAAUGGACUCGAGCCCUCCGGCAGAUGCUCAAGCACUGGGACAAGCCUCCAAGCACGACUGGAAAUUGAACGUGGGAUGAGUGGGCUGUCGGCAUGGGCCGAGAGGCCAAAAAAGAGAGUUCCAGGCUUCCAUUCUUGCCACCCCGUCCAAGUGCCUGUGCUUAUGCAAAGCAAAUGGUCUUGGCUUUGGGGUCCCUUUUCUUUUCCUUCUUUUCUCUUUUCUCAACAACUGUUAAUACCAGAUUUACCGGGACUAUGGUAUGGACUUGCAGCAGGGCCUACGGGAGCGCUUUUCGGAUCGGAACAUUUUGGGGAAGACAUCGGAAUAUGGUAGAGCGGAGACUGGUUCUCGGCUGUUAUACACGACGGACAAAUCUUGGUCACACGGAACAGGGGAAAUGCCGUUUUGGUCUCUCUUUUCCUUUUGAUUGAGGUGCAUUGCUACGGGGAGUUGGGCAAUGCUUUCCAUUCUUUUUACUUUGCCAGGAGCAUGUUGGGGCAAACAAUGUAGAUAGCGGGGAACUGCGGACAGCGACAUGACGGAUCUCAAGAGUGUACCAUCAUCUGGAUGAGACUGUACGAUGCUCUCUGUACGAGAUUUCUAAAUGCUAUUACGUCUUGUUUUUGGGCUGGAUCUUCCACCGCUGGAUCAUCAUGUGGCGGGAGCGUAUUCCAGGGGGGUUGGUGGACAAG